AUGGUGCACCCCAAUAAUAUCUCAGGAGAAUUAGUUCCUUUAGACGGUGUUUUCCCAAAUGUUGAAGGGGUAGUCGUAAAGGAGGUAGAUGUCGGUGGUGACUUUAAUAACAAUCAAGAGUUUGAUGAUUGUGAAAGCAUGCUCACAUGGAUUCGCGGGAGUGCAACUAACCUUGGUUUUGAUGUGGUAAUAGGAAUAUCGGAUAAUGGCUCUGAAAGAAGAAAUGCUUUCAUAACAAUGUUGUGCGAAAGAACCAGGAAAUACCAUCCUCCUCUAAGGAAGUUUAAAAGAGACGACAUGGGUAGUAGAAAAUGUGAGUGUCCAUUUAAAAUUCGUUGUUAUAUGUUGGCUAGAAAGAAGUGGAGAUUUAGUGUUAUUUGUGGUUUGCAUAACCAUGAUUCGUGCUCAAAGUUACAAGGACAUCCUAGUGUAUGUCAGCUCAAACCGAAUGAGAAGACAUGUAUUAGUGACAUGUCCUUGAAUCUAGUCCAACCAAAAAAUAUACUUUCCACAUUGAAACGGAAGGAACCCGACAACGUAUCAAAUAUAAGGCAAGUGUAUAACAUCUGGUACCGCAAAAAUAAGGAGAUUAGGGGAGAUAGAAGUGAGAUGCAACAACUGUUGAAAUUGUUGGAUGAUAACAAAUACGUGUCACGGUACAGAACUUGCGACAAUGGAGUUACGAUUCGAGAUAUUUUUUUGGCUUAUCUGGAUUCGAUAAAGUUGUUAAAUAUGUUUUUGACAUUGCUCAUUCUCGAUUCUACCUACAAGACCAACAAGUAUAUAAUUUCGUUAUUUGAGAUGGUCAGUGUUACAUCUACUAAGAAGACAUACGGUGUUGGUUCUGAUUUUUUGGAGUGCGAAAAGAGGAUAAUUUUACAAGCUCAUUAG